GAUAUUAAGCAAAGUUGUAGCCCUCAUCAAGGCGAACAACAUUCGUUAAUGUCUUCUCAACAAAAUAUGCAAGCGUCAGCUAUUACGUUCUGCGCAUGCGCAGACCUUCUCCUUGCCAGCCGGCAUUUCGGUCUGGAGCUCUAUCUGGCUGAAACUUUGGCGGAAAAGCUGAUGUCACGAAAAAUGUCCAUGAAAUCAUUUUCUGAAUCAGAAUUUUACGCUGAAUCCAAUGGUGAUAGUGUCGUCCCAAGCCGCCGCAUUGGUCUCGAGUUAUGGAAG